UCGUCAUCUUCCUUAAUCUUCUUCAGAAUAUCGACAUCCUCUCGACAUCCCUCCGUUUAUCUGUACACGUAAAGCAGAAACUGUACCGCCUUAUAACUCUCUUCGAUCAAAUUAGAGACAAAGAAAACCAUGGCAAAGAUCCCUUUCCGAUUCCAGAAGAUGGGUGCUGCUUUCAGCGAGGCAGCGAGGAUGAGGCUUUGCGAGAGCAGCGGGAGCGAGCACUAUUCUCCCGAUAAUUCCGACCAUGAUCUCUCUGACCUUGUCAAUUCUUUUAUCGAAAGAGACUACAGGAUUGAAGCAGACAACGAACGUCAUCUGGAAAAUGAUUCAAAUCUUGAAGCUCUGGAAAAUUACUGCUCUGAUUCAGCUGAAAACAAACAAUUGUUACAGAAUUUGUUUAAUGACAACGGAGACGACGAUGUGAGGAGAAAUAUUAGCGCCGAAACACAGUUUGCAUGUGGUAUCAUUGGGGAAAGGUCUUCGCAGGGAUUUAAGCGCCGAUUGAUGUCUCGUUUGCGGGACCAGGGCUUUGAUGCUGGUCUUUGCAAAUCCAGGUGGGAGAAAUUUGGGAGGCAUCCGUCUGGAGAAUACGAGUAUGUAGAUGUGAAUGUUAAUGGGGAUCGAUUCAUUGUUGAAGUUUUUCUAGCUGCAGAAUUUGAAAUUGCUCGUCCCAGCAACGGUUACGCUGAAAUGCUUGAUGUUUUUCCACAAGUAUUCAUUGCCAAACCUGAGGAGCUCAAGCAGGUUGUGAGAUUAAUGUGCAGUGCAAUUAGACAGUCCAUGAAAGAGAUGGACAUGCAUGUGCCGCCAUGGAGGAGAAAUGGUUACAUGCUAGCCAAGUGGUUUGGUCCCUACAAGAGGACAAUCAACCAAACUCCAGCUGCUAGAAAGAACUCAUCUCAUGACUCUGUUGCUGCAACACGGUCUAUUGGUUUUGAGCCUUUUCCAGUCAAGGCUUAUCAUUGCAGAGAUGAUGUUUUUUCGACUAAGCUUGGCCUGAAAGUUGGCUAUUUGACUGCUGCCUUCAAUGGCAUCACCUUGGAUAUGCAAUAAUAUAGCACUAGAUAAAGAAUUUUACUACUGAUCAAAAGAUCUAAAUGGCCAAUCUAUGGGCGAAACCCUGGCUAACAAAAGAUCGGUUGAUGCGGUGGCACUUUUUUGUAUAGAAGAAUCAGCAGCGUGGAUUGUUUUAUUGUCAUUGUUAAAUAAAAGGAACUGGUAGCCUGAGAGUUUGAGAGGAUGAAUUGGAUAGGAUUUGAAAGUUUAUUUAUUUAUAUCAAUAUUUAAAUAUCUAAUAUAGGGAUUAAUAAUAAUAAUUUUUUAUAUUGA